AUGUCUCUUUUACUUGGAUCUGCUGCUCCUUCCAACUUCAAUCAUAUCUCAUUGAUUCAGUAUAUUCUUGCUCCAUAUAGAGGGCAACUAUAUCAUCUUAAGGAAUGGACAGAUAGACAACCACAAACUGCAGAAGAGUAUUACAAUAUGAAGCAUGCUCGAGCAAGAAAUGUAAUUGAAAGAUGUUUUGGGUUACUUAAAGGGAGAUGGAGUAUACUUAGAAGCCCCUCCUUUUUCCCUAUUCGAACUCAAGGACGUAUUGUGAUGGCUUGUUGUUUACUUCAUAAUUUAAUAAGGAAAGUGAUGCCCACAGAUGAUGUAAAAGAAGAGAAUAUGAGUAAUGACAAUUCCGAUAACGAUUCUGAUGAUGAAGUUGAAUACAUUACUACAAUAGCUACUUCUGAUCGAUGGACUAAUUAUAGAAAUACGUUAGCUCAAGAUUUGUUUAAUGCUUGGAGGGCAAGAGUUAGACAAGGUACUUGAAAUGGAGGUGAAUACCAUUAGCCAG